AUGACCGUCUGCAAGAAAGACUCGGCUCAAAGAAGCCUUUUCGGUCUUCGAAUUCCCGCCAAAGUCGUCAUUUCUGCAAAGGGUAAAUCGCCAAUCGAGUCAGGCACAUCAGAGAGCCCAACUUCCGAUUCAAUCAUUCCUGAAGGCAAGAGGCGCUUCAGAGCACGCCUGACCCGGAGUGGCUCCAAGAUUCUAUUGUUAUUGGGAUUGCGAAAUUCGUCUAAGAGCAUCAAAGAUUCAAGCAUCGAGACAGACUGUUGCACUUUAGUACAAACUGGCGAUGAAUGUCGGCACCCUUUUUCGCCAAGUGAAUAUGUGGCUACGAUCGAAUCACCGCAAAGCGAACCGCUUCCUAUCACUCCCUCUCUUAGUCCAUUUGUCGAAGGCGCUGAAACUCUGUCAGAAUCUCUUCCCGAUCUACAGUCCUUACCCGAAAGUCAUUGUGAACAUUCUAUUGGAGGUAGCUUGCACGCUGUGGAAGAAGAAGAUCCGUUGGCAACAAGUGUCAUUGAGCAAGGAGGCCAGCCGACUCCAAAGUUUGCAGAUCGAUUUUCGCACAGGAUCUCUCUGGCAUUUGGCCAAUCCACCGUCAUUCGCCAUGCAAACCUUCACUCGACGCCAAGCAUUCUUCGUUCCGUCUCACCUGCUCCAUACGACUUGAGCAAACAGGUCGAUGGCGCCCAUGAUAGCUCAGGUCCUUCUUCCGCUCCAAGCAGCAACUCUUCCCCCCGUGGUGAACAGUCCACACCCCCGACAUCUGGGGUGCCAUCUCCUUCAUCGAAUCGAUCCAAGAUAUACGAUCAUCACGAGAGGGCAGUGUUACAUUGGCCUUCUGUCUCUGAUAUCAAAGAGGCCGCAAUUCCUUCUGAACGACCUGUCAGCAUUAUGCCCUCAAUCAAAACGGUGGAAGCUACCUCAGUGGCAAAGGUGUACCUGGAACUCUAUUUCAAUUUGAUUUUCCAGAACAAGGAUAUGCGUCAGGAACGACAGCUGGAACUAGAACAAUAUAUCUACACUUGUGAUCUCACGGCGGAGGAGCGAACGAUGACACGUCACAAUUGGGUGUUGCGUGAGAAUGAUUAUCUGCGACAGUGCCGUGUGCUCAAGUCCAGUCGAUAUUGUACCCAGAAUGCAAUCUGUGUCGCUGGAUACAAGACCAUCAAGGUGCUUGGGAAAGGGAGUUUUGGUGUUGUGCGCUUGGUACGACAAAAUUCUUGCGAUUUGAAGGGUUCCAGCGAAGAUGAUCCUUUGGCUCCCGCUGAAAACAACUCUCCUGCAAGAACAAACCCUCUCGGGGUGCUGAGAUCUGCUAUGGCGGGGGCCAAGAAAAGUCGGCGAAGAUACAUGACUGGGGAGAAGAAAGAGGUAUACGCCAUGAAAGUCAUCAACAAGACAGAGAUGAUCCAGAACUGCCAGGAAGGACACAUUAGAGCUGAGCGGGAUUUCCUUGUGGCAUCUGAGAGCUCUCGUUGGGUUGUUCCUCUGAUCACUAGCUUUCAAGAUGCCAACAAUCUGUAUCUGGUGAUGGAUUACAUGGUUGGUGGUGAUUUCUUGGGCCUCCUAAUCCGUAAAGAUGUACUCCGCGAAGACUGGGUACGGUUUUAUGUUGCCGAAAUGAUCCUGUGCAUCGAAGAGGCACACCAGCUCUGUUGGAUUCAUCGCGAUGUGAAGCCUGACAACUUCCUUAUCUCUUCCUCGGGUCAUUUGAAAAUCUCCGACUUUGGUCUGGCGUUCAAUGGUCAUUGGUCUCAUGAUCAAGCGUACUACAACAGUCAAAGAUACUCUCUGUUGGAGAGGCUUGGUAUCAAUGUCAAGGGAGAUUCUGAGGACCAGAAGGAGUCUCUUGAGGCGAAAGACCUUGUGCCUGACGUCAAAUUGCAUACCUUGGGUGAUUACUCUGUUCAGCAGACUCCCUCUUCGGGUCUUUUGGAUUGGCGUGACAACAAGGGGAGACGCAGGUUUGCCAAGAGUGUUGUUGGAACUAGCCAGUAUAUGGCACCUGAGGUCAUUCGGGGCGAAAUGUACGAUGGGCGUUGUGACUGGUGGAGCCUGGGUAUCAUUCUCUACGAGUGUCUCUACGGCUUCACGCCAUUUGCCUGUGAGAGCCGCCACGACACCAAGAUCAAGAUUUUGCGACACACACGAACUCUCCAAUUUCCGACAGACAAGGCAUCUGACAGGUUGGUCUCUCAAGAUGCCAUCGAUCUCAUUCAUAGGAUUCUUCAAGCGCGUCAAUACCGUCUAAGCUCCCAGAAAUACCAGGCCAAUGACAUCCUAAUCUCACGGUCCGUUUCCAAUCAAAUGUUGUACUCCAUGGACUCGCGCUACAGAAAUAUCGCGAGCUAUUACGUGUACCCCAACGAUGCAGCGGACAUCAAAGUUCAUCCAUUCUUCAGAGGCAUCCAAUGGCAGAAUCUUCACUUGUGCCAGCCACCAACGAUCCCCAGGGUCAGAAAUUGGGAAGAUACACGGUACUUCGACGACUGGAAGCUGGUCUUCAAUAGCUCCGGUAAAGCUGCGGCCCAUGAAUCUGAAGACAGUGAGACUCCUGGGUCAGACCCUGAUGCCAUCAGUCCUGCCCCGAACGCCGAUGAAAACAUUUCCAUGUCCGUUGAGCCACCAAGUGUCUCUGUUACACCGGAUGUAGUGUCUGAGCAAGUCAAGAAGGCUGAAAAGAAAAAAGAGAGAAAACGGCCUCGCGACAAGAUCCUGCGUGAUAAAAAGAUGGGCAAAAGUGUCUUGGAGAUCCGCAAGAAGGGAGCUUUCCUGGGGUAUACCUAUCGGCGACCCAACGAGAUGGCUUUGGCGUUCAAAAUAGAGCGAGGACGACAGCCGCUUGCCAGGGGUCAGUUGUCUGGCCUGUAUGCAUCAUGA